CACCACCCCAUUCCCCUUUCCCUCACUCCCCCCCCCCUUCUCGCUGUUUUCGGGACAUGAGCCAAGCUCUCUGCGGAUCUAAGGAGAAGAGAGAGAGCCGCGAGAGUGAGAGUCAGAAGCAUUCAGGGCGGAUCCUGCUCCCCUCGGACCCCGCUAGACAAGCCAAGCGGAUCCCCAUCAAGAUCCUUAAGAUGCUGAGUGCUCACACGGGUCACAUUCUCCACCCGGAAUACCUGCAGCCCAUGUCCUCCACGCCGGUCAGCCCCAUCGAAUUGGAUGCCAAGAAAAGUCCUCUGGCUCUGUUAGCGCAGACGUGUUCUCAGAUCGGCAAACCAGACCCUCAGCCAUCGGCCAAGCUCAGCUCAGCGGUGAGUUCCAGCGAGAAGGAGUCUUCCAGGCCGUCUUCCUCCCUGAAGCUUGGGGAGGCCGCUGCCGACGACAAGUCCAGCUUCAAGCCCUACUCCAAGUCUGGCGAGGUCAGGAAGGAGUGCGGGGAGAAAGCCAGCUUUCGAGUGCCGGGUGGAUCCUGUCAGCCCUUCGCAGCUCACCCGCCCUCCUCUUCGCCCGCCGUCAGCUCCCCGGCCCUGGGAGAGGGAAAAGCCGCCGAGGUGGAUGACAAGAAGGAGCCCGAGUCUGCCAGGGUGUGCCCCGAGCACUCGCCCGCUAACCCAGGCCACGGCCGAUCGGGCAGCGGCGCCAGUGAGCCCAGCCAACACCGGGAGACGCCGACCACAGCCAAGUGCGACGCUGCCAGCGCCAGCCUGGUGCCGGGACAUGUGGCACCCGUUUCGCCGUACAAACCGGGGCACUCGGUCUAUCCCCUGCCCCCGACCAGCAUGGGAUACCACGGGUCGAUCGUCGGAGCCUACGCCGCUGCCUACCCCUCGCAGUUCGUCACCGGGAUCGAACCCAAGCCCGGCCUGGUGGGGAGUCCGUUGUCUGGAGCCGUGGGAUGCCCGAUACCUGGCAAGUCCACCAACUCCAGCCCCUUGACCGGGGCCUCGCCGCCCACUUUCAUGCAAGGACUGUGCCGGGACCCCUACUGCCUGACCUACCACAAUGCCCCUCACCUGGGGGGCAGCGGAUGUUCCUCCUGCCUCCACGACCCCUCCUCCCUCAAGUCUGGAUACCCCCUGGUCUACCCGUCUCACCCGCUGCACUCUUCGGUCCUGACCACCGGCGCCACGCCACCCUUGGGUGCCCACCCCUUGUACACCUACGGCUUCAUGCUCCACAGCGACCCACUGCCCCACAUAUGCAACUGGGUGUCGGCCGGCGGGCCCUGUGACAAACGCUUCUCCAGCUCCGAGGAACUCCUCAACCACCUGCGUACGCACACCGCCCUUCCUGGGGCUGACAAGCUGCUGGCUGCUUACCCGUCCCCAGCCUCCUGCAACCUGCACCUCCCUCAGGGGCCCCCGGGGAGUCCCAAUGGCCUGUCUCUGCGCAGCCCUCACACCCUGGCACUGAGCAGGUACCACCCCUACAGCAAGAGCCACCUGUCGGCGCCCACCAGCUCCGCCCUCACCAUGUCUGCCGCUAGCCCCUAUUACUCUCCAUACACCCUCUAUGGACAACGGCUCACCCCUGCUUCAGCUUUGGGAUACCAGUGAGGGCCUGAGAGUUUGAAGCUUAACUUCUGGGGCAGUGGGUGGGAUGGGACUGGGACUUAUUUAUUACCUGUAUACAAUUAACUUCAAACAGGGACUAUAAGAUCUCACAGACUCACCUCUUAUCUGAUGUAGAAUGCAAUGUAUAUACCAAACAGUUUUUUUUUUGCAACAAGUUUCUUUUAAAUGGUCUUAUUUAAAAAUAUUUUUCAUUCUCUCUUUUUGUUUCUCGGGGGAAACGAGGGAGUUGAUAUGCAUGUUUUUGGUAAUCCCUCAUUCUGCUCUCAUUUGAGAUUUUGCUUAUUUUUAACCAAUGGAGAUGUAAUAUUUUUUUGUAUUGUACUUCAAAUGGGAUAACACAUAUGAUGGCAGGGCUAUCCAAGAAAUGGGAGGUCUUAUUUUGUUAUUAAAUGAGAACCUAAUUAUAUUUA